AUGCAGGAUAUUGGGAAACACCUUAGCAUUCACGAAAAUUUGGAUUUACGUGGUGCUGCUGGUAAUCUUCUUGAGACUUUCGCUGCAGAUGUGGAUACAGUGCCAGAUCUUCUUAUACUCUUAAAUGAUUCCGCAGGAUUCCUUAAUAAAGAGUCGAGACAACGCCUUGAGCACAGGAUAUCCAAACUCAUAGAAGAGGAUCUCGCUGCGAAAGAAUAUGAUUCGAAUGAAGCUCAAGUGUAUCGCCGGCUUCUGUACACAAGCGCGUUAAGGUCGUCAGAGGAUACAUAUGCUCCAUCCAUCGAACAGCGCUACAGUUUUCUUGCACCUCAUUGUCGCGCUCAUCCUAUUUUAUAA